AUGCCUAUUGAAAUUGAAUCACCUGAACAAAUGAAUUAUGAAAAUAUUCAAUUUAAUUUAACUGAAAGUUCAAUUACAGACACAAAACUUGGUGAUUUAAAUAUCAAUUUGCAAGAACUUGUUAUGGCUUAUGGAGAUCAUAUUGGUCAUCGACAAUUACGUGAAUUAAUUGCUAAAGAUGCUGGUGUUCAAGUAGAUGAUGUAUUACUUACAGCAGGUGCAGCAACUGCUCUAUUUAUUAUUUCAACUAGUUUACUUGGAAAAGAUGAUCAAAUAUUAGUUGAACGUCCUAAUUAUGCAACGAACAUUGAAACACCACGUGCUAUUGGUGCUAAGAUUGAUUUUAUUGAGCUACAAUUUGAAAAUGCAUUUCGUUUUUCAAUAGAUGAGAUUGAAGAUAAAAUUAAACCUAAUGAAACAAAAUUAAUUAGUAUAACUGUACCUAAUAAUCCAACAGGAGCGGUCAUAUCACGUGAUGAUCUCGAUAAACUUAUUUUACUUACUAAAAAUAAAGGUAUUACAUUACUCGUUGAUGAAACAUAUCGCGAUAUGACAUUUAUUAAUUUACUUCCUGUCGCAGCAUCUCUUGCAUCACAUGUUAUAUCAGUUUCAUCAUUAUCAAAAACAUAUGGUCUUCCAGGAAUUCGAAUUGGAUGGUUAAUUUGUCAAGAUAAAAAACUUAUGGAAAAAUUCUUAGCUGCUAAAGAACAAAUUAUGAUUUGUGGUUCUGUUAUCGAUGAAGAAAUCGCUUAUCGUUAUAUGUUAACUCGUGAUAAACAAUUAUCAUUAAUCCUAGAAGAAAUACAAAUUCGAUUUAACAUUAUGAAAAAAUGGAUGAAUGAAUCGAAUCAACAUCUUGAAUGGAUAGAACCACAAGGAGGUGUCGUUUGUUUUCCAAGAAUAAAAGCCAAUAUUGAGCCUGAAGAAUUCUAUAAAGUAUUAAAUAAUACAUUUAAAACAUAUGUUGGUCCAGGACACUGGUUUGAUAUGAACAAAAAAUUCAUGCGAAUUGGUUAUGGUUGGCCGUCAACACGUGAUGAACUCAUACAAGGAUUAAAAAACAUCACAUCUGCUAUUGAACUUUGCUUGGAAAAAAAGAAUUAG